AUGACUGCGUCGGUAGAGGACGUGGUGGCUAGUGUGCUGGAAGCCAUUCACAAUCAAAAUCUUGAUGGUGAAGAAGCGAAGGCGUCAAAGAUAAAGGAGGAAGCAAAUCAAUUCUUUAAAGAUCAAGCCUACGAUGUUGCGAUUGAACUGUACACUAUGGCAAUAGAACAUCAUCCUACAGCUGUUCUAUACGGGAACCGGAGCAUGGCUUAUCUUAAGAAAGAACUAUACGGUAGCGCCUUGGAAGAUGCAAAUAAUGCCAUCGCUAUUGAUCCUAACUACAUGAAGGGUUAUUAUAGAAGAGCGACAGCAAACAUGGCCUUAGCUCGAUUUAAAAAAGCUUUGGCAGAUUAUGCUGCUGUAGUUCGAGCACAUCCAAGCGAUGCAGACGCUAAACGUAAACAUGAUGAAUGUCAGAAAAUCGUGCGAAGGAUUGCAUUCGAGAAAGCUAUCUCUGUCGACCAUGAUAAGAAAAGUAUAUCUGAGUCAAUUGAUCUCAGUACUAUGGUUGUUGAAGAAAGCUACGAUGGACCUCAUCUGGAUGAUGUUAUAACUGUUGAAUUUGUUAAUGAAAUGAUAGCUACUUUCAAGAAACAAGGGAAAUUGCACAAAAAAUAUGCUUUCAAGAUUUUACUCGAUAUUUACGCCUAUUUCAAAGAUCAACCUACUUUGGUGGAAAUCGACGUGCCUACCAAACAACGUUUCACAAUUUGUGGUGAUAUUCACGGACAAUUUUACGAUCUCUGUAAUAUUUUUGAUAUUAAUGGUCUACCUUCGGAAUCGAAUCCAUAUUUAUUCAACGGAGACUUUGUGGAUCGCGGUUCGUUCAGUGUAGAGACGAUUUUCACAAUGUUCAGCUAUAAGUUGCUGUAUCCAAAUCACUUUUUCCUGUCAAGAGGAAACCAUGAGAGCGACGUUAUGAAUAAGAUGUAUGGAUUCGAAGGUGAAGUAAAAAAGAAGUACACGAAUCAGAUGGCUGACUUUUUCACUGAAAUCUUCUGCCAACUUCCGCUGUGCCACUUGAUCAAUCGGAAAAUUUUUGUUUGUCAUGGAGGUUUGUUCAAAGAAGAUGGUGUUACUCUGGAUGACAUCAGGAAAACGGACCGAGUUCGACAACCGCCAGAUGAGGGAAUUAUGUGCGAUUUAUUGUGGUCGGACCCACAAGAUCUGCGCGGUCGCUCACCUUCGAAGCGUGGUGUUGGUUGUCAGUUUGGGCCUGAUGUCACCGACGCGUGGCUCUCUAGAAAUGGUGUUCAGUAUGUCGUUAGGAGCCAUGAAGUGAAACCGGAGGGUUAUGAAGUGCAUCACAACGGCAAAUGCAUUACGGUGUUUUCUGCACCAAACUAUUGCGAUCAAAUGGGUAACAAGGGCGCCUUUAUUACGAUAACAGGGGAAAAUCUUACGCCAAAGUUUACCUCAUUCGAGGCUGUACCCCAUCCGAUGGUGCCGCCGAUGGUUUACGCAAACAGCUUAUUUGGAUUUGCUUGA